AUGGCUUCUCUGUUCGCUGGGAAAGUAUUGAUCGUCAACAACAGGGACCGGGAUGAAGUGGAGACGGAGAGGGAGCUGUGUUUGGCCCUGGAGAACAGAGUGAUGCUGCUGUAUUUUGGGGCGGCUGAAUGCCCGCAGUGCCGGAGUUUCGUGCCACGGCUGAAGGAUUUCUUUGUGAGGUUGACGGAUGAGUUCUACGUGGAGCGGGCAUCGCAGCUGUGUUUGGUGUAUGUGUCCCGAGACGCCACCGAGCAGCAGGAGGAGGCCUUCCUGAAGUCCAUGCCCAAGAGGUGGCUGUCGUUACCCUUUGGAGAUGAGUUCAAGAGGGAACUGGAGCUGCGCUUUGCGGUGUCUGAGGUGCCCAGGGUGGUGGUGUUGAAACCCAACGGGGACGUCAUCGUCGGGAACGCCGUGGAUGAGAUCACCAGCAUGGGUCCUGCCUGCUUCCAGAACUGGCAGGAGGCAGCUGAGCUGGUGGACAGGAAUUUCCGACUGGCUGAGGAUUUUGAUGAUUGUGCCAGGAGGAGCAUCAGCGACCCCUUCCGGCGCCUCAAGUACAAACUGGGCAAGGGGGAGAAAUCCGGGAGUGAAGAGCAGAAAGAAGAUGGUGAUGAGUCCUCAUAGGGACGUCUGGGACCCAGUCGGGUCACCUGGGGACAUCCCUUGGGUUGUUGUCCCUAUGUGAUCAAUUGGGGACAUCCCUUGGGUUGCUGUCCCUAUGU